AAAGUCAUGGUCGCUUGCACACCUGUAAGCUUAAGCGUCAUGGAUAGUGAUAUAGUAAUGACUGAAGCCGUUGCAGCCGAGCAGAAGGUCUCUCUGUUUUCACCCCUUACCAUGGAUCUAAAGGUGGCCGUUGAAGCGUUGAUAAUCGUUUUGGAACGGUUAUCUGACUCUCCGGACGACAUGUCUAUACUUCGAGCAUUCGUUGUCGAUCCGGAAAAUGCCAACAAAUCCCACUUAUUAGAUUGCGUCUCUCGACUCAUGCUUCGUCAAGAUCUUACCAUGUUCAUCAUUCGAACGUUUAGACCUUUGUCUGUGGACUUAGUCGCACGCUGGCUAACCCCACGGUUCCUGGACUUUUUGGUGUCGAACGACAGCAUUCACAUUGUAUAUAGAAUAGAAUCAACAGCAAAGGCAUUUAGUUUAAUAUUGCCAAUUGCACCGCAGACCAAGAGUCUCGCAGUUACAUUUUUCGCACAAUCACCAUCAUUGUUUGAACGCCUUCAUUACAUAGACUCCCAGAAGACAUUAGAGAACGAACUUGCUUCAAACAAGGCAUUGGUAGAUUUAUUGUUGACUACGUACAGAUUACUCAGCUAUUCCACAUCAACCUUUUCACCACUAUGGAGCUGGAGUCCCCUAUUUGCACUACUUUCAUCAUCAUCAAGUACUGUACGAUACCUCACGGUUUUAUGUUUAUCAAAAGUUUAUGGCAUCACGGAUCAGAUGACGGCACAAGCUUUGCGUGCUUUAACAGACUGCGGAGAUGCACCCGUUGAAGAGUUUUUCGUAGAAGUUGAAGGUCAAAAGGUUGAUCUAAGAACUUUUACUAUUUUGGAACAAGAGCGCCUCGCCAAGGCACAAAUAAGCAUGCUAGAGAACAGUUAUUCUGCGCAAGAUGAUAAUAGCUACCUUCAAGAAAGCGAUUUAUCGACACUUACCAUUGAUUUGUGUGGAGUCAUUUUGCCCAAGCCUCAAUCUCCUGUCAAUGGCCAACUUAAUGAGGCGAAGAAAGUGGAUCCUCUAGUGUUGACCGGUACGACCGCAAAGAAUUUGCAUACAAUUGGCCUGGCUCUAUCCAUUGGUGCACCGGUACUGUUGGAAGGUUUGACUGGUGCUGGUAAAACUGCACUAGUUGAAGAAGUAGCAAGAAAAGUGGGCCGACUUCAAGAAUUGGUCAAAAUCCAUUUGGGAGAUCAAACGGAUUCCAAAGUGUUGCUUGGAACAUACGUUGCGACAUCUACACCUGGCUCAUUCAAAUGGCAACCAGGAGUUCUCACCACCGCAGUGCGAGAAGGACGUUGGGUGCUUAUUGAAGAUAUCGACCUCGCCCCAUCUGAAGUCAUCUCCAUGCUCCUACCGCUACUAGAGACAAGACAUCUAUUCAUUCCUUCACGUGGAGAGAAGUUAAAGGCGAAGGAAGGAUUUCAAUUGUUUGCAACUAGAUCAAUGUUGCCUUCGAAAGGCGGAAGAGUAGUUCGAAGAACUGGUGGAGCUGACAGUAGCAUUGGCGCUAGCUUAUGGACAAAGGUUCAUGUUGAACCAUUGACGAAAUCCGAGCUUGACCUUGUUAUUCGCAAGAAAUUCCACAACUUGUCUUCUAUUUCCAAAGAUAUCAUGCAGGUCUUCCAGACCAUCGUCGACAUAUACCAAGAUCCAAACUUUUCAUCUAUUUCAUCCUCCACCAUGGGUCGAUUUAUUUCAACGCGCGACUUGAUGAAAUGGUGCUAUCGCAUUAAUGUUCUCAUUGGGGCUAAAUCGAAAGAAAGUGGCUCUCAGCUUUUACCUGAACUAGGUAUUGAUGAGGCCGUUCGUCAGGAUUUGUUCAGCGAAGCUAUUGAUUGUUUCUGCGGUAUGAUUUCUAACUACGAGAACUGGGUUGUCGUUCUGGAAAAAAUUGGCGAAGUGCUCCAACUCUCACGAGAAAUGGUCAACUUGUACAUCGCCCAAUAUAAGCCCGCUCUGACGAUUACCGAAUCAACCAUUAGCAUCGGACGUGUCAACUUUGACAAAUCAUCAAAAGCAAAAGAACAGGGCAGUCUGGUGAAGCGAGAGCAAAAGCGACCAUUUGCAACUACUUCCCACGCCCUUCGACUUCUGGAACGUAUUGCUGUUUGUGUUCACCUGAAUGAGCCUAUAUUGUUGGUUGGUGAAACCGGUACAGGCAAGACGACAGUUGUUCAGCACUUGGCCGACAUGAUGGAUCAAAAUCUUGUAGUAGUCAAUUUGUCUCAACAAUCCGAUAGUUCCGAUCUUUUGGGUGGCUUUAAGCCAGUUGAUGGUAAAAUCAUUGCCAUUCCUCUCAAGGAAGAGUUCGACAAGCUUUUUGAAAGGACAUUUUCAGUCAAGAAGAACGCCAAAUUUUUGGAUAUGGUACGCAAGACCUAUAUUCACAAGAAGUGGCCCAACUUUGCUGCCAUGUUACGACAAGCUGUCAAAAUGGCAGAUGCUCGUUUCGAAGCUGAGCAAGAUCAAAAGGAAGAUGCUCAGAAAAAGAAGAAGGCUUCCAGUCCACAGUUGCGAAACGCUUGGAAGCAAUUUACACUUCGUUUGUCAGAGUUUGAGGUUCAACAAUCCCAGAUGGAAAACAAGUUUGUGUUUAGCUUUUUGGAAGGAUCGCUUGUCAAAGCCGUUCGUCGAGGUGAUUGGAUCUUACUUGAUGAAAUCAAUUUAGCAACAACAGAAACUUUGGAGUGUCUGUCUGGUCUUUUACAAGAUGCCUCCGGAUCUUUGCUACUUACCGAGAAAGGUGAUGCCGAGCCCAUUAAGCGUCAUCCCAAUUUCCGAGUGUUUGCCUGCAUGAACCCUGCUACUGAUGUUGGCAAAAGGGAUCUUCCACCGGGUCUUCGCAAUCGAUUCACUGAAUUCUAUGUCCACCCUCCGGAUUCUCGUAGAGAAGAUUUGCUUCAGAUUGUUCGACAAUAUCUCAGCAAUGUCAUUGCUGGUGACGAGCGAGCUUGCGAAGAUGUAGCAGACUUUUAUCUGCAAGCUAAGAAGCUGGCAGCUGAUCACAAAUUGGUGGAUGGUGCUAACCAGCGUCCCCAUUUCAGUAUGCGAACCCUUGCUCGUGCUCUCACUUACAUCAAUCAGAUAACUUCGUCCUAUGGAUUGCGACGAUCAUUAUACGAAGGUUUCUGCAUGACAUUCAUGACUUCCUUGGAUAAGGAGAGCACAGCGAUUUUGCACGAUUUGAUAUUCAAGACUCUGCUUCGUGGCAUUAAAGAUCCCUCUCAUUUGAUCACCCAGAUACCAAAGCAACCCAAUGGCGAUUUUGUUCAAUUUGGUUAUUUCUGGCUUGAGAAGGGAGCACAAGGCGAAGAGGAGCCUACCAACUUUAUUCUCACACCUUCGGUUGAGAGUAACCUCUACAACCUUGCAAGAGUGGUGAUGUCCGGUAAAUUUCCUGUCUUGAUCCAAGGACCUACCUCCAGCGGUAAGACGAGCAUGGUAGAAUAUGUCGCGAAGCGAACAGGACAUCGAUUUGUCCGUAUCAACAACCACGAAAACACUGAUCUACAAGAGUACCUUGGAACAUACAUAUCAAACGCCGAUGGCAAGCUGGUUUUCCAAGAAGGUGUUUUAGUCGAAGCUUUGCGAAAGGGUUACUGGAUCGUCUUGGAUGAACUUAACUUGGCUCCUUCUGAUGUCCUCGAAGCACUUAACCGUCUGCUUGAUGAUAAUCGUGAACUUUUGAUUCCCGAGACGCAAGAGAUCGUAAAGCCUCACCCGCAGUUCAUGCUCUUUGCCACUCAAAACCCUGCUGGAUUGUACGGUGGUCGUAAAGCAUUGUCAAGAGCUUUCCGCAAUCGUUUCCUUGAAUUGUAUUUUGAUGAUAUACCCGAGGCUGAAUUGGAAACUAUCUUAUCCAAGCGUUGUAGCAUGGCUCCUUCAUACUGCAAGAAGCUUGUUCAAGUUUAUAAAGCCCUUAUGGAACGAAGACAGAGUACGCGCAUUUUUGAGCAAAAGCAUGGUUUUAUCACACUCCGUGAUUUGUUCAGAUGGGCUGGCCGCGAUGCUGUAGGCUAUCAAGAGCUGGCAGAACAUGGAUAUAUGCUACUUGCAGAGCGAUGCCGAAAGCCAGAAGAAAAGCUCGUCGUGAAAGAGGUCUUGGAGAAGGUCAUGAAGGUCACAAUUGAUGAAGCCAAGCUUUAUGAUUGUGAAGAACUAGAGGAGUUUGCUAUCUAUGAUCAGAUUCUCAAACAGAAGACUGGAGCUGGAAACAAGCUGGUCUGGACCAAGGCAAUGCGUCGACUCUUUAGUCUGGUUGCACGUUGCAUCCGUUUCAAUGAACCUGUACUUCUGGUUGGUGAAACCGGAUGUGGUAAAACCACUGUUUGCCAGAUGCUCGCAGAAACCAUGAACACAAAUCUGUCCAUCGUCAAUUGUCAUCAAAACACCGAAACUGCGGAUCUACUAGGUGGACAACGGCCUGUACGAAAUAAGAAUUCUUCGGAAUACGAACUCAAAUCAGAGCUACUUCAGUUUAUGGGCGAUCGCACAGACUUGAACAUGGAGUCCAGUAUGGCAGACCUCAUGGAAGAAUUCAAUACUAUGGGUCUCUCAACCGACGAUGAUCAAGUUCGUGAUCUACAGCAAAAGUGCAAGAAAGCUCGCACAUUGUUUGAAUGGCAUGAUGGCCCUCUCGUGCAAACUUUGAAGGAUGGCGACUUCUUCCUCCUAGACGAAAUCUCACUUGCUGAUGAUAGUGUUCUUGAGCGUUUGAACUCUGUUCUUGAACCUCACCGCUUGUUGGUGUUAGCUGAAAAGGGUGGAAAGAAUGUUGAAGAGUUGUAUGCUAAGGAUGGUUUCCAAUUCUUCGCAACUAUGAACCCUGGCGGUGACUAUGGUAAAAAGGAACUCUCACCAGCUCUUCGCAAUCGUUUCACUGAAAUAUGGGUUCCUGCUGUUUCUGAUAAGCAAGACUUGGUUCAAAUCAUCGACGAACAGCUUCAGCAUGACUCACUCGCUGGAUACGGAAUCAAGAUAUUGGAAUUCAUCGAUUGGUACUCUAAUACUUUAGGGCAAACACGAUUGGUCGUCAGUCUGCGUGACAUUUUAUCUUGGGUCAACUUUAUGAACUCCUCUGUGAGUCAAGGUUUGGCAUUCCAAAUACCUCGUGGAACUCAUGGAAACGAGAAGAUCAAGUUUACCUUGCUUGCACCAACUACCUCAGAUAACGCAAUGCGUGUUAUUAGAGCUAUGCAAGUCCGCAAACCCAUCUUACUUGAGGGUAGUCCAGGUGUUGGAAAGACUAGUUUGGUAUCAGCCUUAGCAGCGGCAUCCGGCCAUAAGCUUGUUCGUAUCAAUCUUUCUGAACAAACAGAUUUGAUGGACCUCUUUGGCUCAGAUCUUCCAGUAGAAGGUGGAAAUAGUGGAGAAUUCGCUUGGAGAGAUGCUCCUUUCCUACAGGCUAUGAAAUCUGGAGACUGGGUCCUGCUCGAUGAAUUGAAUCUCGCUUCUCAAUCUGUUUUGGAAGGUCUCAACUCUUGCUUGGAUCACCGUGGUGCCGUGUAUAUUCCAGAAUUGGAUCGAGAGUUCUUCUGUGCCGCUCAAUUCAGAGUUUUUGGUGCUCAAAAUCCACUUCAGCAAGGUGGUGGCAGAAAGGGUCUACCCAAAUCAUUUGUCAACAGAUUCACCCAAGUCUAUGUUGAACAGCUUGAUGCAAGUGAUCUUCUUUUCAUUUGCUCUCAUCUUUUCCCAACUGUUGAUCAAAGCAUCAUGGAGAAGAUGAUUCAAUUCAACACUCUCAUGUAUAAUGAGACAAUGAUUCAUUGUUCGUUCGGACGAAGAGGUAGCCCGUGGGAAUUCAACUUGCGUGAUGUCUUCCGCUGGCUCGAGCUUAUGCAAAAGACUGAUAACCUAAGCCUUGGGCACGUUCCUGAUCCGGCACAGUACUUGGAAGCUAUCUAUCUCCAACGAUUGCGCACGGAGGAUGAUCGCAUGCAUGCAAUUCGUUUGUACGAAAAGACUUUCAAGACCAAGUACAAGCGUACCACGCACCCAUAUUACCAUAUCAGCCCGUCUCAUGUACAAAUUGGCCAUUCAUUGCUUACUCGAAGGGCUGUUACGACCGGCGUUAACUCACUCGAACAAGAGCAACAUUUGCUGCAAUCAUCACUUGCUCCUAUGGAGACUUUGAUGAAAUGCGUUGAAAUGAACUGGAUGGCUAUCAUCAACGGACCUUCUUCGUCUGGAAAAACUACUUUGAUUCGAUUGUUGAGUAACCUCACCGGCAAUGUAUUAGAGGAGUUCGCCAUGAACGGUGGUGUUGAUACCAUGGAGUUACUCGGUGGUUUCGAGCAAGUCGAUCUUGCUCGCCACAGACAAGUUGCUCGCACGAGAUUGCAAAAGCUGACUAUCUCCGUUACCAAAUCUUUAUUGCAUUCGCUCACAGUGAAUGUAGAUGAUGUUAACAAACGCAUGCAUACCAUCUCUCAAGUUCGACACCUCAACGACGCUUUCUACACCUUUGAACAUCAGCACAGGAUGAACGAUAUAUCGACCAGUGCAGCUGAAUCAAACUCUGAGAAAUUCGACUAUGUUCUCAUAGAGCGCAUACUUGAGCAGGUCAUUGCUUGCAGUAACAAUGAUGCCGAUAUCAUUGAAGCAGUCAACUCCAUCCGUGUCAGUAUUGAAGAGCUUCAAGCUCUUGAAGCAUCAUCUGUUUCUGGUCGUUUCGAAUGGAUUGACGGUGUCUUGAUAAAUGCACUGGAAAAGGGUCUUUGGCUUUUGAUUGACAAUGCCAAUCUUUGUAACCCAUCUGUCCUUGAUCGACUGAAUCCACUUUUCGAAAACGACGGCGUGCUUAUGGUCAAUGAACGAGGUUUGGUCAAUGGAGAAGUAAAGGUCAUCAAGCCACAUCCAAACUUCCGCAUGUUUAUGACUGUCGAUCCUCGCAAUGGUGAACUCUCAAGAGCAAUGCGUAACCGUGGCGUGGAAAUUGCACUGGUUGAUUCUAGCUGGAUAUCCAGUGAGCAGUCGGUGAAGAAGCUUGCCAAUGCCCUUGGUGUUCGCGGCUCCAAGUUGCCUUUACUACUUCGUGACUUCCAUCAGCAUGUCAUUGACAAGAACAAGUUUGCAAAGGAUCUUAACUCUCGCGACUUAUUGAUGCUAUGUGAAUUUUUGUACGAACGAUUGCAACGUGGUCAGAACUUCGCUAUCGCCGCUCGUGAAUCUUUGUCGCAGGUGUAUCCACUCUUGGACAUUGCGUCGGAUGAGACUUUAGGUACUUUGCUUACCUUAUUGGAAGCUAUACCCGCUGAUGCUGGAGAUAUCAAAAACCUGAUAGCUCCUACUGCAUGUCCUCAUCUUAUUAGCGGCUCAUUCUUGAAGGAUAAUUCUGCAUUUGCUACAGUCUCUCUUCAAGGGGCCGUCUUGUUCGCCAUUUUGAUCGAUAACACUCGUUAUUCAGACGAGCCUACUCUGAUUGAGCGAUCUCUUGAGACUGCUGCACAAUAUUUUAUUGAAACCACAUCUUUCCAAGACUAUCAACUUCGUCUUCAAUGGUUGCGACAUGUAGCAACUCAGAAUCCUGAACGAGCAGCUACUGCCGCAAGUGCUAAGGUGUCUCAGGCAAUUACCACCAUUAUGUCUCACCCAUUAUCACAAGCAAUGUUCGAUCUACAUGCACGCUUGUCGAUUAUACUCAAUAUACCAGCUGACUUUUUGAAUGCUUUGCCUAUGGAUCUGAGCCAAAACCCACAGUUCUCAGAAUCCCUUCAUGCCAUUAUUGACAACCAUGAAGCAAAAGAAGAACUGGAGGUCAUUUGGAAUCAAAUCAAAAACAAUGCCAAAGCACAACAGCUCUUGGCUCGACUUGUCGCCAUGGAGUAUGCUGAUAAUGAAUUACGACGCAGUGCCGAAAAGCUCAAGAUUGGUAGCUUGACAGUGUUGCAGCAAUCAUACUGCUUUGUGCAAGGUCGUCUAAACGAGAACCAACUUUCGCAUCCUGUCAUCCAAUCUCUGUACACUACAUUGGAGACAACCAAACAAACUGUUUUGAAUUGGAUCAACGAAGCUGGCUACUUGAGUGCACCGCAAGAGACCUUCGAUCUCUUUACAUCACUUUUGGAUGAUCGACAAAACCUAGUGUCAUCGCUGCAUAGUACAGAGCUUAACCUUGGUGACUUGAUCAUCUUACUCAAGAUGUUCAAAAAGACAACAUUGUCUUUGAAUAAGAUCACAGAAGCAAAGGUGGAGACACUUCUCGAUCAACUGCAAGCCAUGGUUGCUCAUUUUGAUCUUAACACUGGCAAGUCAAUGAAGCUACUUUGGAACUAUUUCCGCCCUACAACUUUGUCAGCCGAACGAGUGUUUGAUGUGGAAAGGAGCAUAUACGAGCUGUCGACUGCCAUUUCAUACUUUUCGAGCGACAGGAGUGAAUGUGAUCCUAGUAAUAUCGCAUUCCAUACCAGCAACGAGUUGAAGAGCAAUCUCAUUGAAGGCGCAGCGACGCUCUAUGUCGUUGAUGAGGACAAAAGCAAGCACGCCAUGCAACUCGCCCGAUCACUUUCUUCAGUCCCAGAGCUCGUCAAAUCUCAGCUAGAAGAUCUAAGAAAGCAUCUGGCUGUGGAAGCAAGAGUCUCGGCACCAUCCAUUUGGUCGCUUGCCUUGCUUCCCAUCUUCGAUCACUCCAGUGUCUUGAAGGAAAUGGAAUUGAUUUCCCAGAUCAUGCAUGCCCUCGCCGAUUCAACAUUGGAUAAGUCAAAGCUCGAGGAAAUUCGAGAAAAGGCUACCAUCAUCAAAGACUUUGAUAUGAAGAACUCUUCAAGAGAUGCUAUGCAUUUAGUUCCUUAUCAACGACUUAUUUGGCUUUUGGAGGGUAUUGAAGAUGCCAAUACCGAGAAAACUCGUCCAUACAUUGCUACUUUGCUGCGUGACAUAUCAUCUAACUGGCACAGCAGAUUAUGGAGAAACAGUUACUUGAAUGAAGGCGUCUUCAAUCUUACAAACAAUGAGACGGGCGCAAAGAUUCCACAUGUAACUUCAGGCUCAAGCGCACUGUAUCAGGCGGUUGAAACUUUGACUUGCUUGAACAUCUCUGUUUCUGUCAAUCAGAUGCCUGUAGAUGGAUUUGAGAACGCCUUGGAUCAAUUAAAACGCCUGAGAUCUCAUCUCGUUUCGAAAUAUGACACUGGUGACCGCUUCAUUCUAGAACUCAAUUUGGUCGUUCAAAACGCACAUCAAAUGUUCGAAGCUCUCAGUCGCAAAAUGGAUGCAACCGUUGCAAACAAGUGCAUCUCCAUUUUCCGCUCUUUGGAUACCACUUUAUCUGAAUUAGCCGCCAAAAACAGUACCAAUACGCUCGCCGAUGCUGUCAUCUCUCAAGUCAGAGACGACGUUACAAACUUGAUUGAUGAAACAUCAAGCCUGGAGCUCCCUGAGCUUUUUGUGCAAGCACUCAAGAGUAUUUUGGAAUGUUGCGAUGGUCUUCAGUCGAAGGAUGACGCCAAGUUUUUGCAAAGUAUUGGCAAAAGUCGAGCCCAGCUUGCUGUUGCUUUCCUCCUCUCUUAUAUACCCAAUUACCCAUUGGAUCCAACUGCAAAACCACGCAUGAAGGUUCAGCUUUUACAACAGAUGAGAGAGAAUUUGGAGACCAGCAUCGCCGUGCGUCGUGAGAUCGAACAAUGCUUCACGGGUAGCUCCACCAACGCUACUAUUGAGAAGCAAAUUGAUCAAAUGAAUCGUAUCGACAAUACACUUGACUCAUCGCUAGUUACCUUCUCACUUCGACCUGCUCAAUCUCAGCUUGGUAGUAUUUUUGUCGAUCUGCAUCAUCUCAAAGAGAACAUGAUCAUGAACCACGCCUCUGCAUUGAUGAGAGAUUUGACUGCUCAACAAGAAGGAGAGACUCUAUUGCAUCGUGAACUAUUGCUUCAAGACAAUACCUUGCAAUUUAUUGACAGAGCCAUUUCAAAGUACCCUAUGUACCGCGACUUGUUGCAACCUUUGCUUGACGCCGUUCAUGAACUCAAGUACGGUGUUCGCUUGAUGGUCAACAGCAGAAGUGAUAGCGAGGAUGCCGAAAAUGCUGUCCUUGAAAAGAUCGUCUCCGCUUUAGCAAGAUAUCCCGCGAUCAACGUUGGAAAUGAAGACUUGGACUGGCACAUGCUCGCAGAGCCUCAGAAGGUUGCUGUUGUCAAGCACAUCAUUUUCAGUCGUAAAUCCAUUGACAGGAAAUGGGCAUUCUAUCUCCGUUAUCUCAUUGUUGUUCUCCAACGACUCGUAAUGGACAUUGGAAACCAUGGUCAUCUUCAAGCACAUGAUGUUGCUGCUAUUGAUAACAUAUACAGCGAGAUCUCAAGAGUGUGGAAGGCAUCUGAAGAGCAUGCAAAGAAGCUGGCUCAAGAAGAAGAGCAGUUGUACAAGACCAGAGUCCGUAAGCACGAUGGUGUUACGGAUGAAGAGAUCGAUGAAGCAGAUUUGAAACGCAUGUUUGCUGAUUUCUCAGAAGAAUUCGACGAUCUUAUCGACGACGAUAUGAACGAAAAUACGAAGAACCAAGCGGAGCCAGAAGUUGAAGAAGGCAAUGUUUUGGAUGAUGACGACGUUUAUCUCAUUGGCAAACUCCAUCUCAAGUUGUUCGACAUGUAUUCUUAUGCAGAUUAUCAAUCAGAUAACUCGCUUCCGGUCAAGGAUAUCCGCAGUCGCUCAUACAAGAUGGCCGGCCUUCUAUCCGCCUUGGCCACAGCACCUAGCAAUUACAAACUUGACACGUCUGGUCGCGCUGGUCACCUGGUCAAUGUUCAAUAUACUUUGGAGAGACUUGAGACUACUAGCGAAGCAACUACGAGCGUUGGUUCUGGCUCUAUUUAUGACUUUUACAAGAGCGAGAACAUUGCUGAAUCGAAGCGCAUCUAUCCACUCCUCAAUGCUAUGAAGAUUCGCAUUUUGGAACUUCUGGAUCAAUGGCCUGACCAUGCUGUUCUGCAACAACUUGUGGUCAUUAUAGAUCGCUUGGUUGGUUUCCCCAUUGUGUCCCCAAUUGCCAAACUUCUCACUGGUAUUGAGCUUCUGCUUCAAAAAUCAGAAGACUGGGAGGCAUAUGCCAGCAGGGAUGUGUCUAUCAAAGAACAUCGUGAUGCUAUCAUCUCACUUAUUGUUCGUUGGCGUCAACUUGAAUUGAACUGCUGGCCAAAACUACUUGCUGCACAAGAGCAAUAUAGUCAAGAUGGUUCUUAUAAAUGGUGGUUCCACUUAUAUGACACUGUCAUCAGCACGUCCAUUCAAACCGGCUCCACUGAAGAAGACAAAGAAAACACCAAGAAUUUGCUGAGUGUAAUGGACCACUUCUUACAAUCUUCGCCUAUUGGCGAGUUCAAAACUCGUCUUAAUAUGGUCGAUAGCUUCAGAAAGCACUUGAGUGUGGAAUCUCACUUCACAGACGCCGCAGGUGGAUCUGGUGCCAACUAUGCAGCUCUUUCAUCUCUUCUUUCCAAUGUGUAUGACUACUACUCUCAGUUCUCAGUGUCUGUUCAAGCUAUGCUUGACAGAUUACGCAAACCCAUUGAAAAGGAAUUGAAGGACUUUGUCAAGAUCGCAAGUUGGAAGGACGUCAACAUCUAUGCUCUUCGCCAGAGUGCUCAAAAGACUCAUAAGCAACUCCACAAGUGUAUUCGUAAAUACAAGGAUGUUCUAAUGCGUUCUACUUUGGAUGUCAUUGGAGUAUACAACGAAGAAAUUGCCAUGUAUCAGUAUGGCGAUGAGAAGAAGUAUGGCGAUGUCAACCUCGCUUUUGUCAACCAACUUGCUUCUGCUUCUGAUAGCUGGCUCGUGAAAUCUAAGUUCCCUACUGCUGGGCUUAUCGAACAAUCACCAGCCAAGGAUCGCUUCAAGAACAUGGAUCGUACCUUCAACAGACUUCAAACCUUUUUCAAGUCUGAUAUCCUGCCUGUGGACCCUCUGCUUGCCAAUCUUCCUCUUGAAUCAUUUUUGACCGAAGUCAUUCAGCAGAUCAAGACCUUCCAGAAGGAAACUCCCGCUGAAUUGACUGAUGAGAAUAAGUCCCAGGUCAAGCUGCAAAAGGUGUUUAAGAAGAAGUCCCUUGGUGACUUUUUGAAGCAGUUGAGAAGACUUGGUUUGAAAAUUCGUGUUCCUGUUUUGGCGGAACAAAAUCAAGACAACACUUUGGUCUUCCGUCAAAGAAAGGCUCAACUCUCAAUGGCGUUGCAAGACAGAGAUUUGUUGGACUCCAGCCUCUCCUACGUUAGCUGGGCUGCUCCAGACUUGAUCAAACUUUGGGACAAGGCUAAUACCUAUUACUUCAGCAGUGUUGCUCGUAUUAGCCAUUUGCGCAGCGUCAGCAAGGUUAAUGUACACACCGAUAUCUCUUUGACCGAGGUCGAACGCAGUGUCAGCGCCACAGAGCAUAUGUUUGCAUUCAUUAGACAAGAGCGCGCAGCCCUAUCUAGAGCUGAGUUAUCCAUGUCCCUGGUAGAAGGUAUCACUGUUCAACUUGCCGCCGCAUGCUCUCAGCAUUAUCCUUUGGAAGUACUGGAAAAUUCAGAAAGAUUGACGGUCAAGAAGAUGGGUGCUGACAAGCUAGUGGAUGUCAUUAGCCAAACGAUUGAACUGUUGUCUCUCCAAUCCACCUAUGGCUCCGGCAAUACCAUUGUUCAGAUUGAACUAGGUCAAUUAUUGCAAGAAGCCAGAACCGUUCAUAAGGACAUCAAUGAAAUCUACAAGCGAGUCUACUUGUAUCCUCGAAGCACUCAUUCUGUUGACACCAUCUUGAUGUCAUCUGAUGUUCAAGCUAAGAUUCAAGAUGUGGACACCUAUUUCAAGUCUCUGCAAAAUCGUUUUAUUGAGAUUUCACAGGAUACCCCAAGUGUAUACCAAGUACUUCUUCCUAUUGUUCAACAUUUGGAAGAAGCCUCCAAGAAUCAGUUCACUGUUGUUUCUACGGACGCUGCAGUUGACUUAUCUUCUGUUCAAGAUCAAGUCCAUGGUGCCAUCGAUGCCAUCCUGACUUCCAUUCAAGAUAUGCGAAAUCUCGCAUCCAAGAGUGAAUAUGCUGAAGAUGAUCUGGAGUACGGUAUGCCUGAAAACCAUAUUCGUGACCAACAUGCUGCUCAAAUCAACCGAUUGAAUGCUCUGCACUUGGACGUUCUCGGAAAGCGACUUAUGGAACUUUUGAAGACGUUGUCAUUGUAUAACCAAUCCGAAGCAUCAGACCUCAGCUCUGCUUCCAUUCUACUCCAGCAGUUGUAUCCUUUCGUGCAACAACACAUGUUGAUCGUCCAGCGAACACUCUGCGAAGUAUUGUUGCAUCACAAGGCAAUGGCCAAACUUACCUAUGUCCUUAUCAACUCAUUCACUCUUAUCAUGAAGAAGGGCUUCUGCUUGCCUGAAGGCAUGGCUGAUGACGAAGAAGGCGAUGGUAUGGAUGACAAUGUCCAAGGUACUGGUGUUGGUGAAGGACAAGGCAACAAGGAUGUCAGCGACCAAAUUGAAGAUGAAGAACAAGUACUUGGACUUCAAAAUGAAGUUGAACCUGCCAAGGAUGAAAAGAAAGACACCAAGGAGGAGAAGAACGGACUUGAAAUGGAGAACGAUUUCGAAGGCGACCUUGAAGACAUUGAAGAAGACGACGACGAUGAGAAGAAAGACGACGAUGAUGCUGAAGAGGAUGACGAAGAAGAAAUGGACGAUCAAGUUGGAGAUGUUGAUGAUCUCGAUCCCGAUGCUGUUGAUGACAAGAUGUGGGGAGAUGACAGUGCUGAAGGAUUGAAUGAAAGCGACAAAACCGUUGAUGAAGACAAGUCCAAUGGUGAACAGCAAGACUCUGAUAUCGUUGCCAAGGAAGAGCCUGAUUCAGCUGAUGGUAAAGAUCAAAAAUCAGAGAAACAGCAAGAUGACAAAGACGACGACAAGGACGAAGGAGAUGGUAAAGAACCUGAAAUUGACGAAGAAGGCGAAGAAGGUCAAGAUGAAGGCCAGGAUGAAGGUCAAGAUAACAAGCCUGGUGAACAAAUGAACGCUGAAAUCCCUGAAGCUGAAACCUUGGAUCUACCGGACGAUCUCAUGAUGGACGGUGACGAAGGUGACGAACAAGACGGUGAAGACAAGGGUGAAGAUUUCAACGACGCCAUGGACCUUGAUGAUGAUCAUAAAGGAGAAGAAGAAGAGAUGAUGGAUGAAGAAGGAGAAGCGUUCAAGGACAAGUUGAACGAAGCAGAACCAGAAGUCGAAGGCGAAGACAUGCCUGAAGAACAAGCGGAUGGAACUGCUCAAAUGAAGGAUGAAGAAAAUGAGAAGGAGGCGGAAGACGACGAAGAGAAUGAGCGAGAAAAAGAAGGCGAGAACGCAGGCGACCAUCAAGAGGAAGCCGAAGGCGCUGGCAAGAUUGAAGAAGAUGAAGAAGAAGAGACGGGCCAAACUGGACCGGACCACGAAGCACCUGACGCUGAUACAAUCGCCGAUAAUCAGUUUGGUAUACAAGGAAGUAGUGGUAAAGCAAGCUCAAGUGCUGCCGGACAGCAAGAAGGCGAAGACGAAGAAGCAGAAGAGUCAGCAAGCAAGGAACAACCUCAAAGCAAGAGCAAAGACAAGCAAGGAAAGUCUGAACACGGAAAGGACGAAGCUAGCAAUGUAGAUGAAUCCAGCAAUGAGCCUAAGGCUGAAGAAGAUAAGGAUUCUGAUCCUAGCAAACCCAACCCUCAACGUAGCCUUGGCGAUGCUCUUGAAAACUGGAAACGCCGCUUGGCUGAUGUUAUAGAUGCUGAAGACGAUGAGGAAGAAGGAGAAUCUGACGAAAAGAAACCAGAAGAAUCAGAUGACAUCGAAGUGCAAGAUAACCAUGCCUUUGAAUAUAUCAAGAAUGACGAAGAUGCUCAUGAUAUGCAAACAAUGGGAUCAGCGGCUCAAGACCAACUCAAGCAAAUGGACCUUGGUGCUAUGGAUGAGACUGUUCCUGAAAGUGAAGAUCAAGUCGCUGGUGAAAUGGAUAUGGAUGAUAUGGACGAGGAAGCACCUAUCGAGCAACUGGACCACUAUCCUAUCGACAAAGACAAGACUGAUAACGCCAAGGGAGCUAUUCUCAAUAAGAGAAACCCUCAAGAUUCCAAGAUUCCAGACGAAAGCGAUAUUUUGACUACCGAUGGAUCCGUGGUCGCGCAUGAACCAUUGGAUGAACAAGAUAUCGAACAAUUGCGAGAAGAGUUAGAGAACAAGGUGUCGCAAUGGAGAGAUCAAGGUCGUGACGAACAGACUUCCCGUGAACUCUGGCAACAGUACGAAAACAUCACCCAUGAUCUUGCUCUUGGGCUUUGUGAACAAUUGCGUCUUAUUUUGGAACCAACGUUGGCCACCAAACUCAAGGGUGACUACCGUACUGGCAAGCGUCUCAAUAUGAAGAAGAUCAUUCCUUAUAUUGCCAGUCAGUUCAAGAAGGAUAAAAUCUGGCUUCGACGCACUAAACCUAGCAAACGACAAUAUCAAGUCAUGAUCUCUGUUGAUGAUUCCAAGUCUAUGUCUGAAUCUCACUCUGUUCAACUUGCCUACGAAACUCUUGCUCUCAUUUCAAAGGCUUUGUCUCAGUUGGAAGUGGGUGAUAUCGCCAUCACUUCUUUUGGUGAACGAAUUCAAUUGUUACAUCCAUUCGACCAACCUUUCACAGACGAGUCUGGUGCUUCGGUUUUGCGACAAUUUACUUUUGGUCAAGAUAAGACCUAUGUCAAGAAACUAGUUGAAUCAUCUAUCGCUUUGCUUGAAAAUGCAAAGAACAACCAUUCUGGUAACGGAGAUUUGUGGCAGCUGCAGCUCAUUAUCUCUGACGGUAUAUGUGAAGACCAUGAAGCACUCAAGGCACUUGUUCGUGAAGCUGCUGAACACCAAAUUAUGAUUAUCUUCAUUGUCGUGGAUAACAAGCCUGAAAAGGAUUCUAUCCUGAAUACGACCAACGUCAAGUACUCCAUGGUCAACGGCAAGAUGUCAUUACAAAUGACUCCUUAUCUAGAGAGUUUCCCAUUCCAAUACUUCUUGAUUCUCCGUGAUAUCAAUGCUCUUCCUGAGGUUCUUUCUGAUGCUUUGCGUCAGUACUUUAGCUUUGUAACUGCAUAGAACCACCACUUUUUUUUGUAAAUUAUCAUAACCAACAUAGACAUAAAUAUUUCAGUACACUUAUUUCUCGGUCUGUGAUUGGCUCAGUGCAUUUU